AUGGCCAGCUCAUGGUCCCGCGCUCCCUGCGGGUGCCUCUGCUUCCCCCGAACUUGGGGAGUGUGGCUGGGGGUGACGCUGCUUCUUCUUGUGGACUGGGUGCUGCUUCGGCUCGCGCUGCCCGUGGUAUUCUUCCUGCUGGUACCCACGGCGCUGCCGCUGCUCCGGGUCUGGGCGGUGGGACUGGGCCGCGGGGCCGUGCUGUGGCUGGGGGCCCGCGGGGUCCUCAGGGCCAUGGCUGACUUCAAGAGCGAAAGCUCACGAGGCCAGGGUUGGCUGCUUGCUUUGGAGCCCCUGGCGGCGACGCUGGGCUUGGCCUUGCCGGGACUUGCCUUGUUCAGAGAGCUGGCUUCGUGGGGCGGCCUCAGAAACACUGACAGUACCAGCCUGCUGCUUUGGGCAAGUCGCUCCGACGCCUUCGUCCUUAGCUAUGCAGCGGCGCUUCUCGCAGCAUUCCUAUGGCACAAACUCGAGAACCUUUGGGUGCCAGGGGGCCAGGGGAGCUCUGCAUACGCGGUGAAUCGACUACUCCGCUGCAUAGGCCCGGAGAUACGCCGAUACCCUCUUGUUUUGGUCCUGUUGAUCUUGUCCUGUCUUGGGGAGAUGGCCAUUCCAUUCUUCACUGGCCGCCUCGCUGACUGGGUUCUACAAGAUGGGGCAUCUGCUACCUUCACCCAAAACAUAACUAUCAUGUCCAUUCUCAUCAUAGCCAGUGCAGUGCUGGAGUUCCUGGGUGAUGGGAUGUAUAACAGUGCCAUGGGCCACAUGCAUAGUCGCUUGCAGGGAGACGUGUUUCAGGCUGUCCUUCGCCAAGAGACAGAGUUUUUCCAACAGAACCAAACAGGUGCUAUCACGUCUCGGGUAACAGAGGACACAUCCACCCUGAGUGAGUCUCUGAGUGACAAAUUGAACCUGUUGAUGUGGUACCUGGUACGGGGGCUGUGUCUCUUAGGGCUCAUGCUCUGGGGAUCACUGUCCCUUACCAUGGCCACCCUCGUCACCCUGCCUCUGCUUUUCCUUCUGCCUAAGAAGCUGGGAAAAUGGUCCGAGUUGCUGGCAGUACGUAUGCAGGAAGCUCUGGCAGCAUCUAGCCAGGUGGCCAUCGAGGCCCUGUCAGCUAUGCCUACAGUCCGGAGCUUUGCCAACGAGGAGGGUGAGAAACAGAAGUUUAGGCAAAAGCUGCAGGAAAUGAAGACACUCAGUAAGCAGCAGGCAGUGGCCUAUGCAGUCAACAUGUGGACCUCCAGUAUCUCAGGGAUGUUGCUGAAGGUGGGAAUCCUGUACAUCGGUGCUCAGCUAGUGGCAAGUAGGGCUGUAAGCAGUGGGAACCUUGUUGCAUUUGUUCUGUACCAGAUCCAGUUCACGACAGCCAUUCAGGUUUUGCUCUCCACCUAUCCAAGUAUUCAGAAGGCUGUGGGCUCCUCAGAGAAAAUAUUUGAGUACCUGGACCGGAUCCCUUGCUGCCCAGCCAGUGGUCCUUUGGCUCCCUUAAACCUGGGAGGUCAUGUCCAGUUCCAAGAUGUCUCCUUUGCCUACCCAACCCAGCCAGAUGUCCCAGUACUGAAGGGGCUGACGUUUACCCUUUGCCCGGGUGAGGUGACUGCACUGGUGGGUCCCAGUGGGUCUGGGAAGAGCACAGUGGCUGCCCUGCUGCAGAAUCUGUACCAGCCCACAGGGGGCCUGGUGCUGCUGGAUGGGGAGCCCCUUCCCCAAUACGAGCACCGCUACCUGCACAGACGGGUGGCUGCAGUGGGACAAGAGCCGCAGCUCUUUGGAAGAAGUGUUCGGGAAAAUAUUGCCUAUGGCAUGACCCAGGAGCCAGAUGUGGAGGAAAUCAUAGCUGCUGCAAAGGAGUCUGGAGCCCAUAGUUUCAUCUCUGAACUCCCUCAAGGCUACAACACAGAGGUGGGUGAGGCUGGGAGCCAGUUAUCAGGAGGUCAGCGGCAGGCAGUGGCUUUGGCCCGAGCCUUGAUCCGGAAACCACAGGUACUCAUCCUGGAUGAUGCUACCAGUGCCCUGGAUGCAGACAAUCAGUCACGGGUGAAGCAGCUUAUUUACAAUAGCCCCCAGCGGUGCUCUCGGUCUGUGCUUCUCAUCACUCAGCGUCUGAGCUUGGUGGAGCAAGCUAACCAAAUCCUCUUUCUGGAAGGGGGCAUUAUCUGCGAGGCGGGAAGCCACCAGCAGCUCAUGGAGGACAAAGGACAUUACUGGACCAUGGUGCAGGCCCCUGUGGGGCCAGGUGCUUUGGAAUGA